AUGUCAGAGCAUCUCCGACCUUCAGCUCCAGCUCCAGCUCCAGCUUCAGCCCCAUCCCACUCUCCGACUCUCCACGCAACCGACACCAAAUACGAGGGCCAAGACCCAGAAGAAGACCUUACGAUUGGUACACGAACGCCGAAACCCUACUACCGUCAGAGCUUCGAGCUCCUCGAGCCCUCCGAGCGACUCAUACACCGAGCAGCCACCGUGGCUCUGUCACAGACCCAGCCCUCCUCUACAUCACCACACAGCUCGAACCAGGCGAGCGAUAGCGGUACCGAAGCGGACGAUGAACACUUCCUCAAGGGAUUGCCGGCUCCCAAAACUCGGUUACAUAAGGGAUUACGUGGGAGGAACGAGCCGCUGUCAGGAACAUCAACACCCCUACUUUCUCCAAACGCCAUAGACGAGGAUGGACGGGACCCCGACCUGAACCCGAGAUCCGGCAUCUCCGUGCGACUAAAAAGAAGUGAGGCCGAGACAGCUCGUAGAAGGAAGGAGGUUGUUCGCCGUGGUGCCGAGGUACUGCUGCUUGCUUGUCAGGGGUGGCUUGUAGCGUCAAACUAUGACGUGCAACCUUUCAUACGGACACAUCGAAAAGAACUCUCGGCGUUCGGCUGGCUAUUCUCGACACUACUUGCCCUCUACCCGCUGAGGCUCGUAGCUUGGGCAUACCGCCAAGGCAAGCCGUCGAAACCUUUGCCCGUUUCCGUCCCAACUUCCUUCGAUCCUGCUCCGGCAUUAUACCCACAGCUUAUACCGCUGUUCGUCUCGCUUCUUGUUGCAAAGAAUGUCGAGGGUGUUGUGUUGCCAAACGUGAUCUUGAGCAUCUGCUCUUUACCGAGACCGCUGAUACCCGGCGCGGGAUACUGGGAAGAGUACAGUUCUACACAGUGGCUUCUCUCUUGCAUUCCUCUUGUGCUGGGCAGUUCUGCUACGGAUUCCGAGAUCCUCACAUUACUGUAUCCCUUGCACCAGACGCUCUGCUUGCUUUUACAGCGACUUACCACGACUAGCCUUCUGAUUGCCGAACUGCAGUUGCUCUCCGUGGCCCUCAUUAACGUCCUUUUAUUGGCACGAUCUCCCCAGGUGGUCAUCUUGAAGGCGCUUCUCUGGGGAGGUGGUCUCGGCAUCAUUGUGCUUUGUAGCAAAGUCAUCCAGUGGGGCAUAUCUCUGGCCAGAGUGCCGAAGUGGCGUUUCAAGCGUCCUUCGAUUCCCAAGGCUGGAAGUACGUCUGGAUUGUGGAAGUUCUUCAAAUCUGCCAAACGUACAUACUUUGACGGUAGAACUGACAAUGAGGAGGUACUAAGUGACUCCGACUAUUGGCUUUCUGGCCAUAACCGCAACCGAAGGUCCGCAACUCCUUCCUGGGAUGCGAGCUUCUUGAAAGGCAGGACAAGGGAGAAUAGCAUCAGCAGCGCUGAAGAGAACUCGCUUCGUCAGACCAACGGUGUCGAUGUUCGCUUUGAUGUACAGCAGCCGCCAUCACCGCAGCAGUUCUCCCCGCGAAGGCACACAUUGCCUUCUCUAGGCAAAAUCGCCAGCAUUGUUCGGUCCCAAACCAGCACUCCUUCUGGUCGCCGGAAGCGUUCUGCCUCCUCCAGUGUGCGCGCCUUCUUCUCCCUGACACAAGCACAAGCCACUGUGAGGAAAUGGCUAUACGCCGGCUGGGUCUACAUUUGCAUAUUGAUCGUCAUUUUGGUUGGCGUACGAGAGUAUGUGGGACGAUACGCCCUCGCCGAAAACGAGCCGGUAGGGUGGGCGCUUGGUUACCUUUUUGGCGAUAUUCCAGAAUUCAGGCUCGAGAUUGUCAAGGCGGAUCUCGAGAGAUGGAUCUGCCUCCCGAUACGGACCGAUGACGAGGCUUCCGACGCCUUGGGCGGCUGGGUUCAGUUCGUCCGGCAGUCUAUCCUUGGAGAAGCGAACACUCGUCUUCUCCUCAGUGGCUAUUGGCUUGUCGUCAUCAUAAUCGGCCUCGCCGUCGUGUUCCGCCUGUCGCCUAUCUACGAGGUCGAUACACGUCGGAAGGUCUUUCACUUCAUGAUGGUCGCCAUGUUUCUACCUACCAUCUUCAUUGACCCAACCUACAUCGCCCUGGCUUUGUCGAUUGUUCUCGCCGUCUUCCUUCUAGUUGACCUUCUCCGAGCGAGCCAGCUCCCUCCGCUCUCGACACCUAUCGCCCAGUUCCUCACCCCCUACGUCGACGGCAGAGAUCUCCGCGGCCCCGUCGUUAUCUCGCACAUCUUCCUUCUUAUCGGAUGCGCCAUCCCUCUUUGGCUCAGCUUAGCCGCACUUCCACGCGUCGGAGAAGGGCCUCUGGUAGGAUGGGAGGUCCCGCUCCGGGACAUCAGCAUGGUCGCCGGAGUCGUAUGCGUGGGACUCGGUGAUGCGGCAGCCUCCCUGAUCGGAAGGAGAUGGGGUCACAGGAAGUGGCUUUGGGGAGGCGGCAAGAGCAUCGAGGGGAGUAUUGCGUUUGCGACAGCGGUGUUUGUGGGGUUGAUGACGGCUAAUAUUUGGUUAUUCGUUGGGGGCUGGCCCUCGACUGAUGGUAUGCCAUCUACGGUUGCCCAGGAGGCGGUACUUAAUGAUAGCUUGGAAGUGGGCACGGGCACGGGCGUGGGUGAGCUAGUGAUGGAUAUAAUGGGGAGGCUAUGGGAAGGGCUCUCACAACUGCCACAGGCGUCGUGGUCAACGACGGUGGUCAAGACGGCGGCAUGUGCUUGCAUGGCAUCGCUCACGGAGGCGGUGUUGACGGGAGGUAAUGAUAAUGUGGUGGUGCCGGUUGUGCUGUGGACUUGUGUCAAGAGCAUGGAUAUGAAUCUGAGGUAG